GGGGAUCUUCAGCGGAUUUCUGCCUGAUGUUAGUGAGCGGACUCCAGUGAAGAAGACGCAGCGGGGGUGUCCGUUUCGAAGGGGGGAUAACCUGUCUGAGGGCACUCUCUUCAGCUGGCGAAGAAGCAUUAUGGACGAAGAGGAGCAGUUUGUGAGCAUCGAUCUGAAUGACGACAACAUUUGUAGCGUCUGCAAGUUGGAGACGGAAACGGGGACCCUGUCGUUCUGCCACGUCUGCUUCGAGCUCAGCAUCGAAGGCAUCUCCUCCGCCACGCUGCUGCACUCCAAAUCCCUGCGCGGCCACAGAGACUGCUUUGAGAAAUGUCACCUCAUCGCCAACCAGAAGCUGUCCCGCUCCAAGGUCUCCCGCAGCGCCUACGAGGGCGUGAAGCUGGCGCUCAGCCAGAAGCUGACCCGCAUCAUCCAGUACGCCCAGAACAAAGACCCGGUGUCCACCGGGGGCGGCGGCGGCGGCGGCCGACGGGCAGCCAAGCUGCUCUGCUACGGCCAGCAGGGCGAGCGCAGGCUGCUGCCGCAGUCGGACGCCCAGGUGCCGCGCUACGCGCCGCGCCGGGACGGCGGCAGGGCCGCGGGCGCCGCCGAGGAGCUGGGCCUGCUGCAGGGCCCGCAGGCUGACCCCUGGUCCGAUGGGAGGAGGGGCCCGCGGGGCCAGAAGCAGACGGCGGGGGGGUCGACGCCGCGGUCGCAGCAGGGACGCAGCAGAGACGAGCUGACCAGCAUGAGCGUGGAGGAGCUCCACCAGCUGAACGCCCAGCUGCUGCUGCAGAUCCAGAAGGUGUUCGAGGAGCUGACGGCGGCCGUGCAGGAGAAAGACUCGCUGGCGUCGGAGCUGCACGUGCGUCACGUCGCCAUCGAGCAGCUCUUCAAGAACUGCGCCAAGCUGCCCUGGCUGCACAUCAGCAGGGCGGGGGUCACCGGGGUCAAGGCCGGCAGCAACGCGGCCGGCGGCGGAGGCGGCGGUCCUGGUCCUGUGGAGUGACGGCGGCGGCGGCGGCAGGACGCUGGAUUUACACUCUGAAGGGCAGCACGGCUUUCUGUUUGGAGCUGCAUUGAUGAUGAAACCAUCGGCAACGGGCUGCAGUGAGGGUGUCGGUUUGAUUUCCACCCGAGGGCAGAGGAGGAGGAGGAGACGCUGAACCCGCCAUGGAUGGACACCUGCUCACAUCUGGACUCAAGACUCUGCUUUAUUUUUUGCAGGUUUUAAAAGACAAACUGCUUUUUGACGUUUCCACUGAGACUUCUUUUGUUUAGUUGUUUUUCCAGUUUUCUGAGAAGCUCUCAAGGUUUUCAGUCUGAUCCAUUCAACAUGCGUUUCUCCUCACGUUCACUCACUUUCUCUGCCGCAGCCGGUUUUUUCGUUGUUUUGUUUUACUGACAUGUUUCUACACGCAGGAGAGGGCAGACAGUGAACUCACCGCCCUGCUCCCCCCUCCCUCCUCUUCCUCGUCCUCCUCCUCCUCCACCUGCAGCUGAGCAGCAGCUAACUGAUGAAUACAGUAUUUAAAGAUUCCAUUAACCUGCUUCCUGUUUGAGUCCAGCUAAAAAAAAAAAAAAAAAAGGAAAUAAGCUGCCUUCAUAGUUUUGACAA